UAUGAUGAAGGAGAAUAAAAUUUAUUUGUUCGUGGCUUUAAUUUUCAUUUCUGUCCAAGUGAUUGUAUUAUGUCGGAAAACGUUUCAAGUAAGUAAAUUAAACACAUGUCCACCCGAGGACUCGAAGUUUCUUACGUUGCUUGAUAUUUCUGUAGAUAAGUGUGUUGAAGAAUGCACGCGGAGAAAGAGUUGCGUAGUCGUCGGAUACAAGCGUCUACUUCGGCUAUGCGAACUUCAUACGAGUACUGCAUCAAAGGCUGUUCCUGACAACCAUUGUUUCAUGAUAAACAAAGAGGACAUGUACGAACCAAAACCAAAGUGCAACUGCGGAGAAUGGAGCGUAUGUGAUGCAACUGCUAGCACUGGACACUGUCCUAUUGAAGAGUGUGAACCACAGUCAACUAUUAGCCAUGGAAAGUAUUUGGGAAACAAGAACUCCGUCGGGUCAAAGAAAGCAAUGUUGAGUGAUUCGAAAAGCAACACGAAGUCGGUAACAUGUUUGAAAAACGGGCAAUGGAGUGGUAAUGCAUCAUAUGCUCCUUACUGCGGGAGUGUGCAAGAAAUACCCAACGGAAUUAUCACACUAGACAAGUCAGGUCAAGUGGUAUCUACGGCUUCUGUAAAUUGUUAUGUUGGGUACGAGCCAAAGACAAGUUCAGUAGUUUGCACGUCUGCAGGAAGCUGGACUAAAACAAGCUGUACUUUAAAAUGCCCCUCAAAUGACGGAUGGUUGAAUUUGACGGACACAUUUAAUGUACAGAUUCAUCAAACUGAGAUGAAUCAAACUGAAGCUGCAGAAUUCUGUAAAAAUACCGUUGGUGGAACACUUGUGAUAAUAGACGAGAUAUGGAAAAUGAGGAACAUAACUUCCGUACUGAAGCACUGCCCAGGAAUUCCUCAGAGAAAGUACUGGACGGAUGGCAAGAACAUUUACAGCCAAGAAUGGACAUUUUCCAACGCAAUAAAUAUGCCAAUGGGGCAAGAAUACUGGACAGCUGGGCGUCCUGAUUAUAUGGAAAAUGGAGAUUUGUGUGUGAGGUUAGUUGAUGGAGGUUGGAAUGACAGACCAUGCGGUGCGAAGUCUGCAUAUAUUUGUGAGAACAAAUGUCAAGCUUGUUGAUUGAAAUCGGCGUGUUAUCCUGUAUUUAUAGUAUGUUAAUUAAUGUUUCCACAGAUAAUGGAUAAAACGGCAGCUGUAUAAAAUUUGAUCAAGUUAAAAAUAGUAACUAGCUAAUUGAAUUUACAUAAUAAAACGCCCAAUGUGGUUCUGGGACGAUCUGUGUAUGAAAAGAAUUGGAACCACUGCCUUACCCUUGCAUGAUCGUAAGAGGCGACAAAUAGGGUCUUAACACUUGGUUUAGCAGUAACUCUGUGAUUCCAGCAGGUAUGCAAAUUUUGAUUCCAUACCUUAUGUUUUUAUUUCAAUGUAAAUGAGAUGUGGAACCAAAAUUUGUAGUCCUGUUUGGCGCCAUAUAACCUAUACUGUGUUGGUGCGCCGUAAAACUUAAAUAAAAAUUAAAAGAAAUACAUAACACAACAUUAUAUUUAGAUAUUUUGUACAAUUCUUCUUCAAAAUUAAUCAAACAAUCAAGCAAUUUUCAGAGCAUCAAAGCAUACUUUGGUAUUGUUUGAUGCAAUUUCUGUUUAUUCGUGUGACACUCAUGAGCGGUUGUAAACGAUAUUGCAAUAAUGAAACAAAUGAAUAAAUGAAUAGAAGCGCCCAAGGAGACUUCUAGCAAAUACUCAACAACGUGUCUAAUGGUCAAAUAAAUACCUUCUUAGAUGGUUAAGAGAAAAUUAAAUCAUCAUUUAUGCAUGAUUUAGAGCUAUUUGACAUUCUUUAUUCAAAACGCAGGUACGAAAUUAAAAACCUAAAAAAAGAAAGCGAAUCGCCAUACAUUUCUCAAAAAUAAAUACGUUUAAAAUAUUUUAGACAAAAAUGCAUAGUUAUAAAAUGAAACUUUGUGAUCAAGGAAAUGUAACUCUUCUUGGAAAUGUAAAGCAAGAAUAACACAUGUACGUAAUAUAUUGGAUAUUGGAUAUUUUUGGUGUACUUCAUGUUACAUUCAACAGGGCUGUGGAUUCAAAAUAUUGUUUGUUAAAAAUUAAUAUAGAACAAUGGAACAGUACGAUACCCUGCCAAUAUACACACCGUAACAGACAUAAGAUAUUUAAGCCCAAACCGGUGCUCGAACCCAGGUCCUCUCAAAUGAAAGGCAGACACACUUUCACGGCUUUAUAAUAAGAUUAUGAUAGUAGGUUCUAUAACAAGGAAGUGUAAUUGCACCACGUUUCUCUACCCGACAACAUCAUAAUAAAUGGAACCAUUUUGUGACAAUGUCAUGUUUUGAGUACUCGGGACCAUCGAUGUAUUUACAUAUUUACGCUAAUGGCAUUUCGUGAACUAGUUUUAAUGCUCCCAAAGUGAGGGCCUAUAGUAAUAAGACCGUACGUCUGUCUGUCCGUCGUUCCCGAUCAACUGGAUAACGUUUCGUUUCUGCACAGCAAUCUCAAACUUGCUAAGCAGGUUUGCCGUGACCUGUAUUCACUUAUUCUUAUUCAUUCAUUCAUUCAUUCCUAGAUAUAAUGUCCAUUGUAACAAAUUGCCAAUGUAAUUACACUGUACACCCAAGAUAAGAAAUGUCACAGUCAACAUUAGGUUUAGAGUCAUUUUAGUAAAACAUCUGGAUGUUUUAAGAUCUCCCUUGCUAAACUGGAAUUUAAGAAUAAAAAGUACAUAAAGCGCAAAGAAAUCUAUGUACGGUCUCCACAUUUUGGCAAAAGUUUUUACAAUUGAUACUAGGGUUUAUGGUUAACAUAACCAAAUUUUUAACAAAGGCGUUUAUAUGCGUAUAUUUUAGUUUGUUUUGCUGUACUCUUUAUGGUAAUAUUUUAGCAUCUCAGUGUGCUUAACUUUUCCUGUAUUAUCCGAUUAAUAUAUUAUUGAUGCGCAAUGCUUCUUUCAUAAGAAAUGUAUAACAAAUGAUCAUUUUUUUAUUUGGCGUUUGUCUGAAUCUUUUCAAAUAAAUCAUCCUGGACAUCUGCCAUCACACAAACUAGUAUAAUUUGCAAUAAAGACGGAUUUCUAUUCAGCAAAAAGUCCUAUAAUUUAGACAAUAAGGAUGACUUUCUAUUCAGCCAAAAGUCUAUUUUAGACAAUUAGAGCACAACGAGUGAGAAAUGAUUUAUUAAAUUUGGAACAUGCUAAUACAAUAAUUGCAUUAUUAAAAAGGAAAUGAAAAUUAAUUAUCUUGAAAAAUAACAUCAAGACAUAUAACAUAUUGAUAAUUAGUUUUGUUAUUUUAUCGACCACGUACGAACAGUUCACAUUUUAAGAUACGAUUUUUGUUUGAAUUUUGUAGAUUUUUCUUUAGUUAAGCAAUUGAAGACAACUGUAGUUCACUAGCUCAUUGAAAAGAGCAAUAUGACUGAGCAUUGGAAACAAGGUAUAUUGAAUUGAAACAUGAUGCUAACUACUUUAGAUCUAAGUGUUUUAUCUCAUCUUGAGACGUUACUUUUUGAUUGUUGAUCACGUAUGGCAUUUUUUGUAAAUUAAUGCUGUAAUUUAAAUAAAUUAGACCGGUGAUAGCUCAGUCCUUCUGUAAAGGGAGGUGUAGUCUCACCUUCUAUUUGACUACACAAUCCGACGCAAAUUAUGUUAAGUUCACUCAUUUCUUAACGACACUGCUACGUUACAUCUUCCUAAACUUUAUAUUAUACAUGUUGCAGAUAUUCUAUGAAUUUUGUCGUCUGAUGUCAAUUUCCAGAGUGAUUUAACUUUGUUUCUAAGCAUUUUGUCCAUGGUGGAGACGUGAAGUUAAACAAAAAAAAUAGAAACAAUAUACAAUUGGAAUUGGGUAAUUUGGUUUGAUAAAUUCAUGAUUUUUUUCGGAUGUUUCGGAGGUUAUACAUAAAUAAAAUUAAAUUUGCUACCAUCUGUACCAAUUGCUGAUCUUUGGUAUGUAUUUAUCAAACAGGAGCACUCUGACAUGAUCUUCUAAAAUAACAAAAAUACAUUGCAAUUAGAUAUUCAGUAUCGCUGCUCUG